AUGUCUAAAGAGGUUAAAGAUCAGAAUGCAAAAGUUGAGGUUUAUGCUGAUUCUUCAGAUAUUGAAUCAUUAAAUCAUAGUUUUUCAAAAGAAGAUAUUGAUGAGGCAGCUGAAAUCUUUUAUCAUGACAAUAGAUUGAGUUCUUCUUUAAAUGCCAGAUUAAUUGGUAUGAUUUCAUUAGUCGGUGUUAUUGGUACUGGGUUAUUUUUGUCAUCAGGUGGUACAUUAUCAACAACUGGUCCAGUUGGUAUGAUAAUUGCUUAUGUUUUCGUUGGUACAGUUGUUGCAGCUUCACAAAUUGCAGUCACUGAAGUUUCAUGCUUAUCACCAAAUGAAGGUGCUUAUGUUUUUCAAGCUGAACAUUUAGUUGAUAAAUCAUUAGGUUUUGUAAUGGGUAUUUGUGAUAUUUAUUCAACAAUUAUUCCAAAUGAAUUAUCUGCAGUUUCUGUUAUUAUGUCUUAUUGGAGUGAUUUAAAUCCAGCUGUAUUUAUUACUAUUUUUGGGGUAGUAAUUGUUGUUGUAAAUUCUUAUAAUGUUAAAUGGUAUGGUGAAGUUGAAUUCUUUUUUGGACUUUUAAAAAUUUUAUUAUGUGCUGGUUUAAUCUUAUUAGGUAUAAUUAUUGAUUUAGGUGGAGUUAAAGGUCAAGAGAGACUUGGGUUCAGAUAUUGGAAACACCCUGGUCCAUUUAGGGAAAAAUAUGAAACUGGAUCUUUAGGAAAAUUUUUAGGAUUUUGGAAAUCAGUUAAUUCAAUUGUUUAUGCAUUUGGUGGUAUUCAAGCUAUUACUUUAUUAGCUGGUGAAACCAAAUAUCCAAGAAGAUCAAUUUAUCGUUCUGCUAAAAGGGUCUUUUAUAGAGUUUUCAGUUUAUAUGUUAUCAUGGUUUUCAUUUUAUCAAUGAUUGUUCCAUCCAAUGAUCCAGUUAUUGCUCAACCAAAUGGUACUGCUAGUGGAAGUCCUUGGGUUAGAGCCGUUAAAUUAGCUGGAAUUAAAGUUUUACCUCAUAUUGUUAACGCUGUUGUUUUAACUUCUGCUUUAUCUGCUGCUAAUUUACAAAUUGUCAAAGCAAGUAGAACUAUUUUUGUUUUAGCUGCUAAAAAACAAUUACCAAAAGUUUUCUUAAAAGUUAAUAAACAUGGUUUACCGUAUGUUGCAGUUGCUUUUGCGUGCUGUUUCAUCCCAUUAGCUUAUAUGACUUCGAGUAAAACAGCAGCUACUGUCUUUUCAUGGUUUCAAAAUAUUACUUCAUCAAAUAUUUUAUUCAAUUGGAUUGUCAUCGCUAUUAAUCAUAUUGCUUUACAUAGAGCUAUGAAAGCUCAAGGAUAUUCAAGAAAAGAUUUACCUUACACUUUCUUUGGUCGUUAUGGUGAAUAUACUGGUUAUUAUUCAUUAUUCUUCUCAGUUAUUUUCUUAUUAACUGGUGGAUUCCCAGCUUUUAUAAAAGGACAUUGGGAUUUUGCAACUUUUUUCAGUGCUUAUUUCAUCAUCCCAUUAUCUUUAGUAAUUUUUAUUUUUUCAAAAUUAGUCUUCAGAUCAAAAUACAUUAAACCAAGUGAAGUUAGAUUAAAACCAUUGUUUUAUGAUGUUCAAGCUAGACCUGAACCACCUUAUGAAAAAUUACAUGGUUGGAAAUGGCUCACAGUAUUAUGGGGUUAG